UUGUGUUUCUCCUCGAUAUUUCUGCGAUUAUAACUGUAGCAGACAAUAUGCCGGAACCAAUUGUUGUCAAACGUGAAGAAAGUAAUUCAACCUCAGCUGACAGCCCUGCGCAGGCAGUCCCUGCUAGUGUUACAGUCCAGCCUUCUGCAACUGUGGAGCCGCCAGAGCAGAUCUCCAGGACAGUUGAGUUGUUGAAACACUGGCCAGCAGUAGUAUUCGCCAUCCAGAAAAGCAGAGACGCCUAUUGCUCGGUGAAGCAGAAGUCUAGUAUCAUCAGCUGGUCGCUUAACUGGACAGAAAAAUCUGUCUGUUCGGUUUUCAAAUUCGCAGAAAACAAAGCGAGAAGCUUGCGCCCGGUUAUUCAGUACGCAGACAAGGCUGUCAGCGAAGGUGUGGUAGUAAUAGAGAAGAAAUUUCCUGCAGUUAAGGAGUCGCCGGAAAAGAUCUAUGAUGCCAUAAUGCAGCAGUUAACGAAGAUUGUGCGUCCUGUAAUAGAUACAACCGAACGUAUAAGUGAAAUUGGCAGGAGUAAACUCGACAGGGUAGCUAAGACGAUGAUGACGAAAUACCACAAUUUAAUUAAGAGGGUGGACGGCUGGAUGGAUAAAUUAGACAAAGAGCUGAAUGGGGCAGAUUUCCAGGUAGCACCUGGUGCGCAGACGGCUGUGGCAGAGCCGGCGGCCGAGGCGCCAGCAGAGACACCCACACCCACACCCACCCCCGCGGCCAGCGCGACGCCGACGCCCCCUGCGGGCCGCGUGCGGCAGGCUCUGCGGCUGGGCGCUCGCGCCGCCACGGCGCUGGCAGCCUUCCAGGUGGGAGCUGCCUUCUGGCUGCUGUCGCGGGCGCCGCUCGUGGGCAGCUUCUUCAGCGACGCGCCAGGGCCUGCCUCUUCGGACGCUUCGUCCUCCAGCGGAGCGCCACUCGCCGAGGUCACCGAGCUAACGGUCUCGGAGGCGGAGCAGCCCCCACUGUCCACGGACUCGCUGCACCGGGAGCACUGACAGCAAGACUGCUUUCCGUAAUUCGAAACUUUUGUUACAUGUAUAUAGUUUACAUACCUGCUAUUUAUUUAUUCGUGAAAUAAACGAAAUCAUUCGCA